AUGAAGGAGUGUCAUGACUUGAAAUGGGCGGGCCACCCAGGGAUGUAUCGCACUUUGGCCCUUUUGGAGGAUCGUUAUUACUGGCCUUACAUGGGUGUUGAUGUGGAAACCUAUGUGAAAACUUGUCUAGUGUGCCAACAAGACAAGGUCGAGUUAAAGACUCCAGUUGGUUUGCUUCAACCCUUGCCAGUUCCGGAAAGGCCAUGGGAGAGUUUAUCCAUAGAUUUUAUUAUUGGUUUGCCUAAAUCUGACGGAUUUGCGAGUAUUCUUAUUAUGGUGGACAGGUUUUCAAACUAUGUGACAUUUAUUUUGAUAACCAAGGAGUGCCCUGCUGAGGAAGCAGCUCGGUUGUUCCUUAGACACGUGGUGAAAUAUUGGGGAGUGCCACUAUCUAUUAUCAGACUAAACCCGGCAGCUUAUCAAUUCGCAAAAGAUUGGCAAGAGAAAAAUGACCUGGCUAGAGCUUGUUUACAUAAGGCAACUAAGCGUAACAACAAGUGGGCUGAUCAGAACCGAAGGGAUGUGCAAUUUCAAGGGCUUGUACGAAGGUAUGAGGGGCCGUUUAAAGUUGUGAAGAGAGUAGGCAAGGUGGCCUACAAGCUGGAGUUGCCAGCAAAACUCAAAGUCCACCCGGUAUUCCAUGUAAGCAUGCUUAAGCCAUUUCAUAGGGAUCAAAAGGAUCUGAAUCGAGGCAAGUCCGAACGAGCACCGAUGGGGGUAAAGGUGUCGUACGAUCGUGAUGUCGAAAACAUUAAGGCAGAUCGGUUCCAAGGGAAGAUUGACCAGUUCCAUAAAGAGGAUGCGACGAGGGCGUCACUAGAACAAGUGGGGGAGAAUGUCAUGGGUUGCGCAUGGGAGCACGCAACCAUGAAAAACUUGUGCCAUCCAUCGUAUUUAAGGGAGGUCAUUUGGCCCAAUCAAACUAGUCCGUUGCUUGGAGAGAUUAAAAGCCCAUCUCCAGAGCCUGAUAAAUAUGGAAGAUAA